AUGGCCAUGCAGCAGCAGCUGGCCUAUCAGCAAUCCCUGGCGGCCGGUCUGGAGAUGCAUAACCAACUGGCUGGCGCUGCCACGCUGCCGCCCGGUGUUGAGGCGGUCAACGACUACGGCGAACAGCUUUACCAGCAGCAGCUGCAUCAGGCACAGCUCCAGGAGCAGCAGUACUUGAUUCAACAGCAGCAGCAGCAACAACAACAACAACUGCAACGUCAGGCACUCUUUGCCGAGCAACAGCAGCGUCUUCAAGAGGAGCAACUGCGGCUUCAAGAGGAGCAACGUCUGCAACGACUCCAGCAGGAGCAACAACAGCGUCUCCUGCAGGAACAGCAACUUCAGCAAGAGCGCCUUCAACAGGAGCGGCUUCAACAGGAGCGGCUUCAACAGGAGCGACUUCAACAGGAGCAACUCCAUCAAGAGCGCCUUCAACAGGAGAGAAUCCAGCAGGAGCGUCUUCAGCAGGAGCGUCUCCAGCAGGAACAGCUUCUACUUCAGCAACAUCAACAAGCAGCAGCAGUCNAUGCGUCCAUUCCGGUGCCCGGCUACUACGAGCAGCCAGUGCCGGCAAUGAUGAUCGCUCCCUCGCCGGUAGCAGAGCAGCAGCAGUCUGCCUCCACUUUGGGCGCCUACGAGUACGACAACUCGCCCGAGGAGAACAGCUACAGCCAGCCAGGUAUGGGCGGCGGCGGGGGCGGCAUGCCGGCGGGCGUCAUUCAGCCGACACCGCCGGAGCCGGCAGAGUACCUCGACGAUGGCACCAACAACACCAGCCAGGAUGCGCCCUCGGUCACCUCGGAGACGUACGACAAUGGAGUGGCUCCUCCGCCAGAGGAGUUGCUUUCUGGCUCGUCCGCUUCUCCGGAGAGGAACGAGGAGGAGGGGUAUCAGCAACAGCAACAUCUGCAACAACAACAACAACUUGGAGUCGCAUAUGAGAGCGACUCAAACUCUCGAAAUGUACCUGAAGAGACUGAAGAGGAGGAUGAGGAGAGCGUCAGCGAGUCGCAGGCGUCUCAGUUCGCCACUGACACUGUCUCUGAAGUGCCAGAGGAGUCUUCUGAUUCUACUGACCAGGUUGAAGGGGCGAUGGCAGAUCAGUUUGAGCCUCCACCACCUGAAGAAGAAGUGGUCGAGCCGGCAUUUGAACAGCAAGAAGAGGAGGAGGAAGAGGCUGCAUUUGACUCCUAUCAGUUGUCAGCAGAGGUGGUGACAAAUGACGUUGAGCAGCAGCAGCAGCAACAGCAGCAGCAACAACAACAAACUGAUGAAGAGGCUAAAGAGGAAAAGCUGCAGCCACAACAACACUUUCCGCCAGCUGAAGCCAUGGUGAAUGGAACGCCAGCUACUCUGCCCGCUGAUCCAAAGCCAGCGGUUGUAGUCGUGCCCGAUGAAGACGAUGACGAAGAAGGAGAAGAAGAAGAAGGGGAGGACGAUGACGGCGCCGCCUCGCUGCCGCUGCUCUCUGAAGCCGAGAUUGCAAAGCUGAGCAAGAACCAGCGGCGAAAGUACAAGAAGAAGCUUCGCAAUCGGCAGAAGCGUAAGGAGCGAAACCUGGUGGAGAAGAAGAAGCAGGAGCUGGCGAAGCUGCUGGCGAACCAGCUGAAGGGCGUCGAGGAGAAGGGCGGUAAAGCGGUGAAAAGAGAGGUCGUCGAAGACGAAGGCGAAGACGACGCCAUGGAGAUCGACGACGAGGACGAGGCUGAAGAGGAGAAGGAGAAGAAGCGCCGCUUGGAGGAGGAGGAAAGGCGACGGAAGGAGGCGCUGAAGAGGGAGGAGGAGGAAAUGAAGAGCUCACUGCCGGAGAAGGUCGAAAUUGAGUACGUCCCGGAGGCGAUUCCCAAGGACCCGGUGUACAUGCAGUUCCUGAAGGUCUUCGACAAAUUUUCCGCCGUGUCGCCGGACGAGGCGAGUCGCCUGGAGGCAGAGCGGCUGGCGGAGGCGCACCGCAACCGCGACGACCGCGCCAAGAUGCUGGAGAUGAAGAAGCCCAUUGAGCUGGAGCUGAAGGACGACGACGAGGGGGCGGUGAAUGCGGACGGCUCGGCGAGGCUCUCCAAGCGGCGGCUGAAGGCGCUGACGCGCAUGAGCAUCGCCGAUCUGAAGCAGAAUGUCACCCACCCGGAGCUGGUGGAGAUGCACGACGUGACGGCCCGCGACCCCAUUCUCCUGCUGCAGCUCAAGUCGACGCGGAACACGGUGCCCGUGCCGCGCCACUGGUGCUACAAGCGGAAGUACCUGCAGGGCAAGCGCGGCUUUGAGAAGCCGCCUUUCAAGUUGCCCGAGUUUAUCCGCCGCACCGGAAUUCAGGAGAUGCGCGAGGCGGUGCAGGAGAAGGAGGACGCCAAGUCGCUCAAGUCGAAGAUGCGGGAGAAGAUUCGCCCGAAGAUGGGCAAGAUCGACAUUGACUACCAGAAGCUGCAUGACGCCUUCUUCAAGUGGCAGACGAAGCCGAACAUGACCAUCCACGGCGACCUCUACUACGAGGGCAAGGAAUUUGAGACGCGCCUCAAGGACAAGAAGCCCGGCGACCUGACCACGGAGCUGCGCUCGGCGCUGGGCAUGCCCACCGGGCCGAACGCCAGCAAGUGCCCGCCGCCGUGGCUGAUUGCCAUGCAGCGGUACGGCCCGCCGCCCUCCUACCCCAACCUGAAGAUUCCCGGCCUGAAUGCGCCCAUUCCCGAGGGCUGCUCCUUUGGCUACCACGCCGGCGGCUGGGGCAAGCCGCCGGUGGACGAGUACGGCCGACCGCUGUACGGCGACGUCUUUGGCAUCACCGCCGCCGCCAACGACCUGGCGCUCAUCGAGGAGGAGGUGGACCGCAGCAAGUGGGGCGAGCCAGAGUCCGAGGAGGAGUCGGAGGCGGAGGAGGAGGAGGAGGAAGAAGGGGAGGAAGGCGGCGGCGAUGAGGCCGAGGGAGGCCAGGUGGAUCGGUCGGGUCUGGUGACGCCGGCCGCCGAGGGCCUGGUCACGCCCAGCGGCUUCUCCACCGCCCAGGGCAUUGAGACGCCGGACAUGAUUGAGCUGCGGAAGCGGAAGCAGGCCAUUGAGGCGGAGAUGGAAAGCGGCGAGAACCCCGCCCUGUUCACGGUCAUUCCGGAGAAGAAGACGGACCGCUUCGGCAAGGAGAUGAUGGGCUCGAUGCACGUCUACGACUUUGCCUCCCUCUCCAAGACCAGCUCCAAGUCAUCUUCAAGGCACGGCGACGGCGUCGAGGUGGCCCUCGACCCGAGUGAGCUGGAAGACGGGGGCGGCCUGGACAGCAACCAGAUGGCGGCCAAGUACGAGCAGUCGUUGCGGCAGCAGUCGGGCGGCAAUCCGCACGAGGACCUCAGCGACAUGGUGGCGGAGUACGCGGCCAGCAAGCAGCAGCACAAGCGGAGAAAGGGCGGUGACCAGAGUGGUGGUGGUGGUCAGUCGGACGGCGCCAAGUCCUCCACCUCGCGAGACAAGGCCAAGAAGUACCAGUUUAAGUUUUAA